GCAGUUGGGCCUUGCUGGGCUUCCUGGUGUGCAGCUCCGCCUCAACUCGAUCUGGCCGGACAGUGGAAACACUUCUCAACAGAACAAAAGCGAGCGCGGACCGAGCAGUCAUCGCGGCGGAACGAGACCUCUCAGCCGGGAAUAAAAGCCGUCUUAGCGGGGGCGACUGAAGCGAAGUCCGACAAACUUGGUCGCCGUCGCAUCUGCGUGUCGUUUGUCCGUUAAUCCUCCGAGGUGCUCGGUGAAAUAAGCCAAGGGUCAAGCCGACAGACGGACGGGCAUUGUGUCCACAGUCUUCCUCUCAACUUCGGCCAUUUAGAGCCGCCUGGAACGAAACGGAAACUGGGGGUUUCUUCGUCUUGUUCGCGCACACGCGGCCACGGAGCAAAGGCUUGUUUUUGUAUUUGCGGUUCACAGCUGUGUGCCUUAGUGAAGAGGCUCUAUUUGUCUUUGGAGACUUGUGGAAGUGGAACAAAGCCCGACAAGAAAAGGGUGUAAAAGACCCUACUUCCAUCAACCAGAUGGCGACUUAUGAAGGACAAAAUGGCAAAGUUGGACUACUUGCUGCCAAGAAAUUCUUGGACGUCAAAAAGACGAAGGCUGCGUGCGAAGAUAAACACGCUGUCAAGGAUUUGCACAAUUCCUCCAGUUCAUCUGAAGGCAACCCGGGCUCUGCGUCCAGUUUCACCACCAACCACAACUCCGUUGUGUGCUUGCCCCUGGUGUCAGAGGAACUAAAACUGGUGUGGACACACUCUGAUCAAACCAGUGAACUUGACUCCAUCCCAGAACUGGUCCAAGCCUUUAACUUGUUUCCAUACCCGUCGUCGCUGGAGGUGAACACUCUAGCUCGGGUGUGUUCUUUGCCCUUGGACAAAGUAAAGGUUUGGUUUAUGGUACAGAGAAUCAAGUAUGGUAUCAGCUGGUCAUCAGAGGAGAUAGAGGAGACUCGUCGGAAGCUAUCUGUGCCAUAUUCUUUUGACGACGCCACUGAAACGAGCGAGGAAUCCAAGGUCGUUGAGGAUAAAGAUUCAGAAGUAGAGGAUGUUUUCCCCAGUGUGACUCCACAGAAGAAUAAGCCAAAAUGCGAAUCGCCAGAUUCUUACAAACCAGCCAAAUCCACGUCCCCGUGUUUCGUCUCCACCCUACCGCCUCCUCAGGAUUCGUACUUCUACCGCCCACCAAGUGACACGCCAUCGAGUACUGCCGCCGCCGCUACUGCUGAAGUCUCCUUAGACCUUUCGGUGUCCUCCCCGCAACAGCAUCGCCACGGGCGCUACAAAAAGUCUAAAGCUCAGCUGGCUGCGCUUCGCAAAAGCUUUUUGAGAGAGAACUGGCCCGCAGAGGUGGAGCUUCGACGUUUGCAAGAAGAGACUGGUUUGAGCCGCAACGACAUCCGAAAAUGGUUCAGCGACAGCCGUUACCAGCUACGAGUCGGGCGAGGAAGUCUGGCAGCGGCUCAGAGCUUUUCUAACCACACAGCUGUGGGGGGUAAACACGAGCAACAAAGUGAACCUCUUCCACUUACAACACAAAAGGGUCGUCAUUUCAAUGCCGGGAAGGGCCAGGAGGGAGCCCGAAGCAAUGUGAUCAGCAAUUCACACUUUUUUCAGACCUUCUUGUCUCACAGUCUUGAGGCGUUUGGGGAACGGGACCUUGAGGCGGAGGCAUAUGAAACGACAGAAGAUCUGUCCGGCGACGGAGACAGCCUCAAAGACGGGGAACAGAGCGAAGAAGAACCUUUGCAGUUGACUAAACCCUGCAAGCUUGACCAAGAUACUCCUCCACAGGAACUGCCCGACGUAUUCAGAUCGUCUGCCUGCUCCUCCCCCUCUGGAACACCACCCCUUACAGCAUCACCAUACAAACAGCCCCCGAACGGCAUCAGUACAUCAAAGAAGCCAGCCCACUCAGCCACAGGCAAUAACAAGCACGACUCAACAGCAUCUACAUCUGCUUCCCGGACAUCUGCUGGCAGACCAAGGAAGACCAAGGAGCAGUUGGCUUUGUUAAAGCAGCACUUCUUACUCUGCCAGUGGCCCAAGAGCGAAGAUUACACAGAACUGACAAAGAUUACAGGCUUACCUCGAGCCGACGUUAUCCAGUGGUUCGGGGAUACACGUUACGCAGUUAAAAAUGGUCAGCUGCGAUGGGUCAAGGGGGUCCGUGACAAAUUCCUGGCAGAACUCGCUGCCCAGCAAAGUAGCGCCGCUUUAACCAACGGUUCCGGGGCGUCUGCCCGGGUCGCAGGUAGCCGCAAACGCAAAUCUCAAGCCAACGGAAGCGCGGCGGAUUCCCCGAACGUCCAGCCGUUGGUUAACUAUUUCCUCUCGACCGGCUCGCUCAAUGAAAAGGAUCUGGACACUCUAUGCAAUAAAUCAAAAAUGAGCUACCAGCAAGUGCGAGAUUGGUUUUCAGCUCAGGUCGUUGGGCAGCCUGACCAAGAACCCGUUGUUACAGAUUAAAGCAAUGCAACCAUAGGGAUGAUUUCUUUAAAUCAUGGUAAUGAACUACUCGUCAUGUCGUUUCUACCAGCAAAGCUUAGUUGUGACUUGGUUUAUAUUGCUUUAUUUGAAGCAUGAUUGUAACAUUUAGUCUUCCAAGUACAAGCCCAAAUGAACGUUUGUGGCAGGUGUAUUUACUUCAUUUUCUGCUUAUCCUAAUAUAUUUGAAACGGAUGACUUUUUGCAGCCUGUGUUAAUGUAAAUAGUACAGAAACUUGUACACUGGUUUGAUAUAUUUUGUAUCCUUUUUUGCUUAGAUAUAAACUGCAGAAUAGCUAAUUGUAGCGGCAAUUUAAACUGCUGGUUUCUUUUGGUACCGAGUACAGUGGACGGGGACUGCUUUGGACGACUUUGCCACUGUUACCACUUUGUGUAAUCAUUCCUUUAUAACCCAUUAUUCCUGACAAAGAAUGCACACUGGACAUUUUUCCUUUUAAUUUGACAUCUUGCACUUUGCAUUUGGAGCCUGCUGCCAUUAUGUUUAAUAAGUCCAAUUAUUUCAUGUACUAAACACUGUCCUCCUUAAACCUGCUGUUUGUUAACUUAUACAGGUUUAGAUUAAAAAAUAAGUUUCAACCUUUUCCAUUCAAUUCGCAGUGUUUCCUAAAUGCAUUCCUUGAUUGUUUGACAUGUCCAAAGUGCAGACCGGCGACCGUUUGCAGUCUGUGGCUGUUUUUUUUUUCUAAAAAUACAAUUCAACAAGAGAAUUAAAUAAGAAUAAAGCCAUAAUAUUCCGAUUAAAAAAAGUUGUUUUAUAAGGAUAAAGUAAUAUGAGGUAAAAACAUAAAUAUUAAAAUACAAAAAUAGAAACAUUUAAUGAAAAAUAAAAUUGAAGUUUAAGUUGUUAAAGGAAAAAAAGACGUUAUUUUCUAAGGUUGUCAAAUUAUGAGAAACAAAAAAAAUGCAGUUUUUUUUUACAUUUGGUUGCUAAAAAGUUAUGUGAGAAUCAAGUCAUAUUAUGGAAAUAGUCAUGCAUAACAUGACAAGAAAAAGAAAAUGUAAAUGUUGAAAUAUUUGGAAAAUGAAAAUAAAAAACAAUCCAAAAAAUGGGUAAUUCAUGAGAAAAAGCUUAUACUAAUAUUAUGCUUUUCACCCAUAUCAUAAAGCUGAGAUGCAAGCAGUUUUUUCUUUAACGACAUAUAACUUUACAGCAUAGCUACAUGUGUUUACAAAAUGUAAAUGAUCAAAGUGGCCAAUUUUUGGAAAAUUAGGUUGUGAAAAAGUUACAAUAUUAUGAGAGUAAACUCAAAAUAUUACAGGAAUAAAGGUGAAGUUUAAAUAUGAAAUUAUUAUUUUGUAUAGCUACCAUAUGAAAAAAAAAUGAAAUUUUCGAACAUUUGGUUGCAAAAAAGUUAUAUUACAAGAAUAAACUCAAAACAUUCCAAGAAAAAACAAAAAGUAAAUGUUGAAAUAUUUCAAAAAUAAAAAAAAAAAGAGAAAUGGAAAAACACGCCAAAAAAGUGUAAUUAAAGGGGAAAAAAGCUUAUACUAAUGUUUUUUCACCCAUAUCACAAAGCUAAGAUGAAAGCUGUUUUUCUGGAUUUUUUCAGUAUGCGGCACUUGAUGGAAAAAGUUUGGACACCCCUGGUCUGCACAUUCACACAUCCAUUUCACUGCGCUAAGAGAGCAUCGUACAAUAUUGAUAUUGUGCCUCAUUAACAUACUUUGUCCUAACUAGCACUGCAUAUGGCCUGAAGUUGUGCAUUUGAAAUAACCGAAUCCAAAAAUGAUCAUUUACAAGUAAGAGGCACAAUAUUCCUUCUUAGUGUACAUUACAUGAGUUGCUGUGGGGAAAUAGUGGAAAUGUCCAAAUGUCUUUGUUAGAAUUGGGUCCACGUUUAGUUUUUCAGUCUUGCACAGGAAGAAGUUCAAAUGUCUUUUCACAUAACAUGCAUUACUGGUCAAAUGAGCUGAUUCUAAGAAUAAAGUCAAUUCUGCAAGGGAUGAUGGAAUGACUGAAACUGGUGCUGACACUCUGUAUUGUGCACAUGUGCAGCUCUUACGGAGGGAAAGGAACACCGUGAGGAAACCAAAGAGCAGUGGGAUUGUAUGACUGUUAAAUUAGUCAACAGAAACCAACAUGGUGCAACAAGUGAGGUGAAACGCCUUCAAUACCCUUCAAAAAGUACGACAGUAUUAGGGCCACAUUGGGGGAAAAAAAAUCGGAGAUUUCGAGAAUGUGGUCUUAAUAUUUGGUGUCAUACGUGUCAGAGGGAAAAGAAGAGCAUAGAUCUUCAGGAAGGAAGAAAACUUAAAAAUUGUACAUUUAUGACAAAAUAAAGUUGUAAAUUUACAACUUUAUUUUUGUAAAUUUCCAGUAUGACUUAAGUUUCCUUCCUACCUGAAAAGCUAUGCUCUAUUUUCCGUCUGACACGUAUCACUUGUAAUAUUACAAAAGUUACGGCUUUAUUCUUGUAAGAUUACGACUUUUUCCCGUAAAUUUGUGACUUUUGCCCCGUAAACGUACAGUUUUUUUCUCAAAUUUACGACUUUUUUCUUGUAAAUUUUCAAAGUUUUUUUCUUUUAAAUUUACGAUUUUAUUCUCGUAAAUUUAUGACUUUUAAGUUUCCUUCCUGAAGAGCUACGCUCUAUUUUCCCUCUGACACGUUUGACAUGUACUAUUACAACUUUAUUCUUGUAAAUUUGCGCCUUUUUUUCUCGUAAAUUUAUGACUUUAUUCUUGUAAUGUUGCGACUUUUUUUUCUUGAAAAUUUACAACUUUAUUCUU